AUGACUGAACAAAAGCCUCUUCCAAUAUUCAGAACAUCAAAAGAAGGCACAGAUUUAAAAAAGGGCUCAGGGUGGUUUGUAACAACAUUUCUUGUGGUCAACGCCACACUGGGUGCAGGGCUACUCAACUUUCCUAUGGCCUAUCACCAGGCUGGCGGUAUCGUGACUGCCAUGAUUGCCCAGUCAGUCUUUUUAGUCCCUGUGAUUGUUUCAAUCUUCAUCCUCGCCUACUGUGCCGACAUCAAAGGCUCCAACACCUACCCUGACAUGGUUCUAUCCAUUUGUGGCCCUACAGCACAGAUGGUGUGUGCUGCAUGUCUUAUGGUGGACUGUUUUGUCAUGUGUGUCACAUUCCUGAUUGUAAUUUCUGACCAAUGGGAAGUUUUUUUCCUAAAUGUGGCUAACGAUCUCUACUGCCAAACACAACCGUUCUACAUGUCAAGAACAUUUGUUAUUUCCUUUACAUCUGCAGUGUUUAUUCUUCCAUUAUGUUUUUCAAAACAAAUUGAUUUUCUAAGACAUUCUAGCGUUAUUGGUGUUAUCGGCAGCUUGUGUGUAGCUGUUCUAGUGGCCAUCAAAUAUUUUCUACUUCAUGAUAAUCAGGGAACUAUUGCCACGACACCACAUUCAUGGAUCGAUGUAUUAAUAUUUGUCCCAGUCAUUAGUUUUGCCUUUGAGUGUCACCUUAGUAUCAUCUCCGUCUACUCCUGUAUGUCAAAGCGCAACACAAGAGAGUUCUCUAAAACAGUAACACUUGCCUUGAUAGUUUGUGUCAUAACCUACACGUCCACAGCAACUCUGGGCUACUUACAGUUUGGUGACAACAUCACACAUGACAUACUGCUGUCAUUUAACCCAACAACUGAUGUAAUGGUGGCUGUAGUACUUGUUGCUGUGAAAACGUACACCGCAUACCCCAUUCUUUGCUUCGUCGGAAAAGCCGCGUUUGAAACCUUAUGGAGAAUAUUCUGGAAAAUGAGCCCAGAAGAAAUUGUAAAAAGAGAAAAGACGAGACGUGUUAUAAUUACAUUGGUGUGGUUCACCUUGACCCUGCUACUGGCCGUCUUAAUCCCCAAUAUGGGCGUGGUCGUAGAGAUCCUUGGUGCUUUAGCUGUAGUGCUUAUAUUUGUAUUUCCAGGGUUGUGUUUGUUUAAGACGAUGCAGAAUAAGAUAGAAUCAGGCGAGAAACAUCUGACAAAAGCGUAUGUAUGUAGGGGGAUUGGCAUCGUGUACAUUAUUGUUGGUACUUUCAUAUUUGGACUGACCGUAACACAGGCCAUUAUAAAGGACAUUCAAGGUGUCAAGGCGGACACGUCGAAAUUCUCCUGCAGCUCAUAA